AUGAUUGAGGUUAUUGCCGAAAUCUUGCGAGGUCCGGUGUUCAUCGCCGGUGAAACUCUUCAUUGUCAAAUAAAAUUCACGAAUAAAUCAACUAAUGAAACGAAUUCAAAUGGAAAUUUCGAGAAGAUUUCUUGGGCAAGCGUACAAUUACACUGUCAACGUUAUGUUAAUGAACAGAAAGUUAAUUUGCAACAACAACAACAGCAACAAGCUUCUAAUUCUAAUAUCAAGUCCAAUGAUUCAACAGCGACGAACGUUGAUGUUGUUCCAUUAGAUUCAACCGCAUUGAUCGCAACCAAAGGUGAAACUGGUCAAACAGUCUAUACAUCUAAACCGUGCGUAUUAUUUUGUGAUUUGAAAUUACAUCCAGGUGAAAUAAGAACCUUUUCUUAUCAGGAGACAAUAUCGACACACGUACCUCCGACAUUCCGUGGAAAUUAUGUUAAAUAUUCAUAUAAACUUACAAUUGGUACGCAGCGAGUCAACUGUCCAACAACACUUAUUCGAGUUCCAUUUCGUGUAUUAGUUAUACCAGAUUUAGAUAAAUACAUUCGGCAAGACCGAGCUGCCAUCGCUUCAUCGCAAACCGGCACUAAAAUUGAUAAUCCAUUUGUAUGUUCAAGUCGAACUGAAAUUGAUUCAUUAACAACAGCUCUCGAUGCUCUACAAAUACUUUCAUCUCGAACACAUCAGAAUGUUUAUAACAUAAGCAAUAAUCGUGGCCGUGUAUGUCGAUUAACAUUAUUCAAAAAUAAUUUUAAACUAGGUGAAGAUAUCUUGGGCACGAUCGAUUUCGAUCAAACAGAUGUUCCAUGCGUACAAUAUACAGUUACACUACAAAGUGAAGAGACACUAAAUCCAACGUAUCGUCGAAAAUCCAGUCAAUUGUCAAAUGUAACAUCGUACACCAAACAAUCGGAAUUCAGCUUAUCUACACUAGAAACACAUCUAUCAAUCUCUAUUCCAUUAUCAUGCACACCAACAUUUUCGAUGGAUCUCGUUUCUUUACGAUGGAAAUUACAUUUCGAAUUCGUCACAUCCAAAGCUCCGCGUAGUUUGCUGCCGGCAAAUGUUGAUUCGUCGUCAAGCACAACGUGGUCAACAGCAAAUUCGAUCGAAGUCGAGAGCAUGACGUGGGAUUUGCCUAUAAAAAUUCUUCCGACAAACCCCUAUUUUGCUAAUAAUGUUGCGAAAAUGCAUUCAUUUCUAUUCGUUGGCAAUCAUAAAUCACAACCAGCACAAGAUUACAGUCGAACAUCGAAUUCUAAGAAUCUCGAUGAUUUCAUCAAACGAACGGAACAGGAACGUCAGAAACGUGAACUCACGCGAAAACAAUUAUAUUCUGCAAUUAAAAUCCAAAGUUUCUAUCGAAGAGUUCGUGCACAAAAAGAACUAACAAAACUAGCUCGUGCACGCAUCACAACCUUGAUAGCACAAUUACAAUCAACUAGUUUCAAUGAGGAAAAUCUCGUACACCUUGCGAAUUUAAUCAAAUUCGGUUUUCAACCGAAUGCAGACGCAAAUCUGAUGAUGUCAUUGAUCGAUUCAUGUUGGAAACAUCGUCAAGCGAUUGUUGAGAAACUUUCCAAUGAUAAUCCGCCAUUAAAAAUUGCCCUUGCCAAGCUAUUAAAAUAUACAGUCAGAUGUCUUUCCUAUUUCGAAUCCAUUCGAUUACCAACACGUUUUAUCGAAUGGUUCACGGAUGUUAAUAGUUAUACCAACGAGAAGCAAACAUCUCCAUCUCAAAAUGUACAAAUAUUAACCAGUUAUUUUCUAAGAAAUAUCAUUCGAAAUGGUUAUUAUACCCAGAUGUGCUCAAUCAUUGAGUCAAAAGUACCACCAAAUGUCAGCAAAAGCAGUCGUGUACCAGCUAUUGAAUCGAUUGUUGAAUUACUUGCUCGACCAAUUGAAUGUCAAUCCCUGGAUUCAGUUGUUCGCGAUGAAGCACUGGUAACACUUCGAAAUGAAUUGUUUUCCCGAUCAGAUCUUCCUGCAUUACCACUAAUCAUCACUCCAACGUUGAUUCACCGACCUAAUUUUCCUUCGAGGCGUUAUAUCGAACUAGUCGACUUCCAUCCAACAUUUCCCAUCGACUCUUCAUUGUAUCAAAACUGGAAACUUUACCAGCUACAUGCAGCACUACUGAUCAUUGAUAGCCGAAUCGAUGAGUUACCAGCAUCGUUAACAAAACGAAUCGUUGCAAUUAUUCGAUAUUUCAGCAAUGGUCUAAUCACCACAAAUUUCAAGAAUUUACCCAUACAUGAUCAAAAUGCAGAUGAACAUGACCGAGAUGAUCAAAUGAAUAUGGACACAGAUGAACCCGAUGGCGAACUAAUUGGAGAUUGUUUGACAAUAUUGAAUAAACGUUCGAUUACAAACUACUUGAUUAAAUUAGCUGAUCGACAAAGUCAUCAAACUUUAACUAAUGAUGACAAUGACUAUAUUGGUAAUUUAGCUACGAUAGCUCAUAGUUUAAUCUUUCAUCGCAAUGAAUCCAUACUUCGAUCAAAUUUCCUACUAAGUUUAAGUACGUCAACAGCAUUUCUUCGUCAUUUAUGGUAUGUUUGUCGCACAUUGACGUACGAAACUGACUAUCGAGAACAAGUUCUUCUCCUCUCCCAUAUUUCGUGCGCUAAUCCAUUAUUAAAAGACAUUGAUAUUGAUCGUAUCGAACCAUUACUUGUCACAUUCUGUUCAUUGUAUAGUAUGUCACUAGUACCAUUACAUGAUGAUGAAUUUUUUCGUGGUCCACCCGAAACUGCGUUUCACACGAGCCAAAUUUCUCAAAUGGUUCGCAUCUUACAAGACGUGUGUAUGGGCAUUGUGAGAUUUAUGUAUCCCGAUAAACAAAUAACGAAUCCAUCAACAAAUACAACCGAUGAUAGUGAGCCGAUGACAAAGACUCUUCGAGCAAAUAAACAAGUGGAGAUAGCAAGACAAAAAGCGACAAAGUUUUCAAUCGUUUUCAAAAUUAUUGUACAACUAUUGCAACAACUUCGAGCGAGAGACGUUCGAAGACAGUUUUGUCCUCCGGAAAAUUGGCUAACAAAUCAGUUUCAUUUGCAUCUUGAUAAGACAUACAUCGUACCAUUUGCUCGUGGUUUAUCAGAUCCAUUACUAUUGUCGUCGGAUGCAUAUUUCAGUCGUGAGCGAGCACCUGAUGCAUUUACAUUUUCUGUAACUGAACUUCGUUUGUUGACUAUUCUUCAACAAAUUCCAUUCGUUAUUCCAUUCGAUACACGAGUUCAAGUUCUGAAUUUAUUGGUCCAACAAGACAAAAUGGAACAACAACAAGGCGCAGAAUUUCUGCAAGCUGGUUCAACAAUUAAUGUUCGUAUACGUCGAGAUUACAUCUAUGAAGAUGCUUUCGAAAAAUUGAGUCCUCAAAAUGAACCCAACCUUCGACGUAGAAUGCGCGUUAGUUUCAUCAAUGCUGUUGGUCUUGAUGAAGCAGGCGUCGAUGGCGGUGGUUUGUUUCGUGAAUUUAUGAAUGAAUUACUGAAAUCAUCAUUCAAUCCAAUACGUGGUUUAUUUAAAUUGACUAGCGAUGGUUUUCUCUAUCCCAAUCCAAAUAUUGCUUUUAUUGACGAAAAUUUUGGUCCACAUUAUUACUUUCUAGGACGAAUAUUAGGCAAAGCGAUCUACGAGAAAUUUCUGGCUGAAUUACCAUUUGCAACAUUUUUCCUUCAGAAAAUCCUCUCGCGUUCAUCAGGAAAAGUCGAUAUUCAUCAUUUGGCUUCACUCGAUCCGGAAAUGUACAAGAAUCUACUCUAUCUGAAAAACUACGAUGGAAACGUGGAAGAUCUCGGAUUGGACUUUACCAUUGUCAAUAGUGAAAUCGGACAAACAGAAGUGACUGAAUUGAAACCCAAUGGAAGAAACAUUGCUGUAACCAAUGAAAAUCGUAUUGAAUAUAUUCAUCUGGUUGCUAGCUAUAAAUUGAAUAAACAAAUCAAUGAACAAGUAUUCAAGUUUCGACAAGGACUUGGUGAUGUUAUCAAUUUGGAAUGGUUAAGAAUGUUCGACGCGAACGAAUUGAGAAUAUUAAUCUCGGGUGCACCCGGAGAAAUCGAUGUGAAUGAUUGGAGAAAUCAUUCUCAAUACAGAGCACCGUAUAGUAAAGAGCAUCCUGUCAUUCAAGCUUUUUGGCGUUGUGUUCAUGACUUUACUGAAGAUCAAAAACGGAAAUUAUUGAAAUUUACGACGAGCUGUUCGAGACCGCCAUUGUUUGGAUUCAAGGAACUUUAUCCGGAAUUCUGUAUACAAUCUGCUGGUUCGGAAAUUGAUCGUUUGCCAACAUCAAAUACGUGUAUAAAUCUCUUGAAAUUACCUGAAUAUAAGGAUGAAAAUGUGCUUAAAGAAAAACUUUUAUACGCUAUUCAAGCAGCAGCGGGAUUUGAAUAUAGUUGA